CUACCAUUGCUAUUCACUUCUCAUCUCUGUUUGCAAUUACAACGCCCUCUUCUCCACCCUCUACCUCUCCCUUAAUUAAAUUUCGCAUUAAAGAAAUCCUCUAUAUAUAAUGCCCCAAUCAACUGCACCAAAACCCAUCAACAACCCCUUUCUCUUUGUGCUUCCUCAACCCCUUUCUCCUAUCUAUCCUUUAAGCAGGAUGAACGGGAACGGGCUGAAGCUUGAUCUGAAGCUGAAUCUGUCUCCGCCAAGGGUGAGCCACCCGAUGGUGGUGUCGCCGCCGAUCCGGUCGUCGACGGUUUCGCCUUCGAGCUCAUGCGUGUCGUCGGAGAAUCAAGAAGACGGGCGCCGGUUUUGCAGCAGCCCGGAGGCGGCGUCGAUGGUUCUUGUGGGGUGUCCGAGGUGUCUUAUGUAUGUGAUGUUGGCUGAGGGUGAGCCCAAGUGUCCCAAGUGCAAAAGUACUGUUUUGCUCAACUUCUUCUACGACCAUCAGAGCAAUAACGCCAGGAGGGCAUGAUAUAUAGUCAGAUCGAUCAUCAGAUCAAACUUUAUUAUUAUCUUAUAUAUAUUGGCCAUUUGGCCCUAUAAGAAGUAGGCAAUCUGGGUAAAGCGGCUCUGGUGUAUUGUAGGUGCGUUUAAGGUUGCUGGUGUUUCAUGUUUCUCAGAAAACAAUGUAAAUGGGCGUGCUGAAAAGUUUCCCAGAGUUUUGUUAUGGCCAUGGGAAUUGAAAGAAGAGUAGAUGGAUUAGUUCAUUUAAUUUUCCCCCUUCUGCAUUUUUUUUGUUAAUAUCAAGCUGGUUCAAGGUACUCGACUUGGCCUUCCUUGCA